CACAGCCCCACUUGAGACCAGAACUGCAGGGAUAAGCACAGAUUCAGGAUUGCCUCAAGAAUUCACUGAUGACAAACUGUUCAUUUUAAAGGCAACCAAUCAAAUAUUCAAAUUGUUAUCAAACAUAAUCAAAUAUUUCUUUAUCCACUUUUCUGGUAUAUGCUGAAGUCGUCAGAUGAGAACAAGUUGCAGUUUGCAAUCAAGCCAAUCCCAAGGACAAACAGGACCAACAGGACUAACAGGAACACUCCUCUUCUGCUAAUUUGUAAAACAUGCUCAAGAACUUCCUUCUCAUUGUACUGGUGUACGCCAGCUGUGAGUGGCUGCACACAACCUGCUGGGAUCCUGGUGAAAAGCCCAUUGAAGAGAAAGACAUGGCUGACAGUGAUACAUUGAAGAGGAUAGUCCAAAAGUCUGACUGUCUGUGCGAGGGGGAGAAGGAAUUUGUGCACCAGAGGAGAAUGAAGAUUUUGGAUUCUCUGAAGAAGCACAACAUCAAGUGUGAACUUGAGGACGUGCCUAACAUUGCUCUGGUAGUGUCUGGGGGAGGCCAGAGGGCUGCAGUUGGCAUGCUGGGGUCAAUCCACCAGAUGGAGCAGGAUGCCCUGAUGGACACUGUGCUCUAUAUGGGGGGGGUCUCUGGAUCAACUUGGUCUAUGGCCUCCCUCUACAAAGAGCCAAAGUGGAAUGUGUCCAGUGUGAUAGCCACCCAGAGAGGCCCCAAAGUGGAACUGGAGGAGGUAUCAGACUGGCUGAUGGAGAGGGGAAAAGAGCAGAACUUUUCUCUCAGCCAUUUAUGGGGAGCUCUCACUUCCUCCGCUGUCAUGAAAGAGAUGAUCACAAAUAAAUUCUCUGAGCAAGCAACGAGAGAGGCCUUGAACCCUUACCCAGUCUACUGCGCCAUAGACAAACAAUGCUUCCAAGACGGACAUGUUGAAGCAACGUGGUUUGAGAUGACACCUCACCGUUGUGGCUUCACAGACCUGGGCUUCUACGUAGACACUCCCUACCUAGGCAGUCGGUUCGAUUCUGGGGGUCUGGUGGAGCAGAGAGAGGAGAUGGAUAUGACCACCUUGCAAGGUAUUCUGGGCAGUGCCCUGGCAGAGGACCAGACAAUCAAAGACAUGAUGCCAGACUGGAUGACAGAGAAUGGUGGUGAUCUGCAUGCCUACUUCCAGGCAUACCAGCUCCUCCACACCAUGGUGAACCAAAAGGACAAUGAAGACGGAAACUCCUCCCUUCGCACCGAUCUGGAGAAAGUUCUAGAAGACGCAAUAAAGAAGAAGCCCCAAGAGAGCUCAGCCACCGCGGAGGAGAAGAAAGUGAUAUCUGAACAAUGGGGCCUGGAUUUCAUCAAGGUUCUGGGGGUGUGGUGUGAAGGUCUGCAGGAGAGUCCCUUCAAACGCUUGGUGUGCUGGAUGAUCAAUCAUGUAUUCCCAUUGGUUGUGAAAUGGGAGUGGGGCUCAAUCAACAACUUCCUGUACAAACAUUCAGACCCCAAGGUUCCGUCCAAUCUACGGACGAGAAAGACCCUUCAACUGAUUGACGCGGGUCUAAUGAUCAACGCCCCUUACCCAUCUUUCCUGGGACCAAAGAGAGGGGUGGACCUCAUGAUUGUCCUAGAAUACAGCGGAGGGAACAUCUUUGAGACGUUAGAGUUGGCCCAGAACUACUCCCGCAAGAUGAACAAGCCGUUCCCUCAGUUCAACCACAGCGUGCUGGAAGAGAGGGAGCAGCCCGAGGACUUCUACGUAUUUGAGGGUCAGGAGGGUGAACCCACUAUCCUGUACAUGCCUCUCUUCAACCUGCAGAACUGUCAAGAUAAAGACGAUAUCGCUAAAGAGAGGGAAGAGUACACCACAUUCCAGCCACCAUACAGUGCGGAGAAGAUUGAUUACCUUGUGGAGAAAGCCAAGGUGAACAUAAGGAACAACAAGCAGAAGAUCCUCCAGCAGAUUGAGAAGGCUGUCCAGCGGAAACAGCAGCUGAGGAAUUCGGACUCUGACGAAGGAAUGAAGUGUGUGAUGCUGUAACCAAUUAUAACCACCAGAAGGCACACAUGCCCACUGAUCAGUUUAUCAACCAAAAAAUAAUA